AUGAAGGAUACAGAGAGCGUCCUGGCGCAGACCAAUAUCGAUAGGCGGACGUGCAGUCGCAUCGAACCGAUGCAGGUUCUUGUCCUGGGGCUUUGUCGGACGGGGACGCUUUCCACAUACCUCGCCCUGCAAACCCUCGGCUACCCAACCUACCACAUGACAAGCAUCAUGCAAAACCCCUCCGACGCCCAACUAUGGACCUCCGCCCUGCUCGGAAAACACCACCCCUCGCCAGCGAACCCCCCCUUCACGCUCGCCCAAUGGGACGCCCUCCUCGGCCACGUCUCCGCGACAACCGACAUCCCCGCGGCCCUCUUCCCCGAAGAGCUCACCACCUGCUACCCGGACGCAAAAGUCAUCCUCACCCUGCGGGACCCCUCCGCCUGGAUGACUUCCAUGCAGAACACCAUCAUGAAGCAGACCUACUCCCCGCUAGCGACAUUCCUCGGCUGGCUGGACCCCGCCCACUUCGGCGCGGGGAAUCGGAUGUGUCGAUUGGCGUUUGAUCAUCUCUUCGACGGCGAUUUUGAGAGGAAUGGGGAAAGGGCGUUCGCGGAGCAUUAUGAGAGGGUGAGGAGGGUGGUUCCGAGAGAGAACCUGCUGGAGUGGAAUCCCAAGGAGGGGUGGGGGCCGCUUUGUGAGUUUUUGGGCAGGGAGGUGCCGGAUACGGAGUUUCCGAGGGCGAAUGAGAAGGAGGUUUUUGCGAGGAAGGCGAGGCGGGUCGCUUGGGGGUGCUUGGGGGGUGGCGUGGAGGGUGCUCAGGGGGUGGUUGUUGUAGGGGUGGUUGGGUGGUGCUGA